AUGCUCGAACGUGCAACAGGCUCCCUCGAGAACGCGGGACGGCGUUUCCUUCAAGAUUCCAAUGGCGUGAUCCGAAACAGAAGCUGCCUCUCUGGUCAUUUCUGGAAGCACAACGACGCUGGGGCGGAUGCUCCUCAGUGGUUUGUCGCGCUUUCGCUGGCGUCAGACCAACGAUCGUCCUCCGUUCUUAGCACUGAGCGCAAAAGCAGAGAGUCAAGCGAUGGGAUAGGGCCAUCGCUCGAAUUUUUAUGUCCUCGGCUGGCUCAAACUCUGGUAGCUUCGCGUCUGCCUUGCUCCCAAAACAGGACUGGAUUUCGGAGAAGACCAAACUUGGGCUUUCCGAGAUCUUAUGUUUCCAUUUCAAGUCUUCACCAAACUACAUCAAAAGCUUCGCCCAGCCACGACGAUGCAUCCAAGUGGGCACAAGGGCCUCGAUCUCCAGAAUAUCUCGAUAAUGACGGGGAAGCGAGCGCAUCGCUCCAGGCUUUCCUUGAGAAGGAUGGCACCGAAUUUGACAAAGCUUGGGUGCUGUACGUCGCAGCUGGAUUCCCAUCGAAACUCAAGCCUGCACUUUGUGCUUAUCUGAGUAAAUCGAGCCAACCAAAGCAACAAGAACGAGCAUGGAAACUCUUCAACGAAAUUUCGCCCGAAGAUCGCACCAAAUCAGACUUCGAGAACAUUAUAAGCUCACAGCUUCGUUCAACCGGAAAACCCUGGCAUUUGAACUUGAUCUGCCAGCAAGCCAUUUCGACGCCAUUUGCUCAAGACAUCAUCUCGCAGGGCCUGGUGCAUAUGGUGAAACUUAGACAGUGGUCCAAAAUUAACUUACUCUGGAGCUCCCUAUUGGAGAUCCCUGAAAACGAGCGACCGCCAUUGGACUCUUUGCUGGAUCGAUUUGAUAGCUUUCACUUGCCUGAGUAUUCCUUUUCCAGGCAUAUCUUUGGUUUAUAUGCCUACUUGCAGAAGGAUACCGACAAGAUUAGUGCUGCAAAGGAAGAUUUUUCUCGCCGUCUAAUUAAGCGAUUUAUCACCUCUCAUGACAUCGUCAAAGUCACACCGAUACCAACUUUGCUUUUACUGUUGCGCAAAUCGCGUCCUCUUGGUCUUUUUACUAAUGAAUACUAUGUUGAUUUGAUGGAAGUCUUCCUACAAUCAAAGCGGAGGUCAGAAUUUGUCAAGUGCAUUCUUGUUUAUCGCCAAAUGCGAUUGGAAUCUCCGGAUGCAAGGCCACUGGCGCGCACGAUUCACUCUAUCAUUCGUCGCUUGUUGGAGUUCAACAUGACCGAAAGCAUGAUAUACUUUUUGGACGAAGAGGCGCACUUCGAUGAAUAUAAAAGACCAAGCAUCCGCUCAUAUCAUGACGUCAUGAAUGCUUUUUCAAAGCUUGGGGAUGUACGAACUGUCCAACACCUGUUCGAUAGGUUGCUGGCAGAUCACGGCACCCCGAAGACUCAAAUGUCGGUGACGCCCCUUCUUGCUGUUCAUGCGCGGCUAGGUGAUGUGCGUGAGACACGGCGACAAUUCGAGCGAAUUCCUACAGAAUUUGGUCUCCCGCUGAACACAGUCUGCUGGAACAUACUGCUUCUGGCGUACGCUACUGCCAAGGAUUUAUCAGGUGCUGUUUCUACCUUCUCAGAAAUGCGAGAAAAUUAUGUACCUCCCAACCCGUACACAUUUGGCACACUGAUGGGGAUUUUCGCCCAGCGAGGCGACAUCGAAGCUAUUCGUCAAUUGCUCAAAGAGGCGCAGGCGAGUCAAGUACAAAUCUCGAGGCCAAUGCUUGAUACGGCUGUUCAGGUGUACUGCAAGAAUGGGCAAUUGAGUCAUGCAGAAGAGCUUGUCGCAAGCAGCUGGGAUUUAGCGGUGGGAGGGUCUCCCUUGCGAAUGUGGAAUUUUCUUCUAAUGCGGUAUGCAUUCAGGGUAUCAAAGUUUUCCUUCCGACGCGUCCUUGACCGCAUGGGACGGUUGGGCCUGAAACCGGACAACAUGACUUACGCGGCUAUUAUGCUUGCUUAUGUCUAUGCUAAGCAGGUGGAUCGUGCCCAAGGUACUCUCCGGAAGAUGCACGAAAUUGGUUUGGAAGCCACCGAGCAUCAUUACUCUAUUCUCUUACUUGGGUAUGUGAAGCAACGGAACCGCGAUAUGGUGGACGUCCUCUCCCGCGAAAUGCAAGCACGCUUCGGUCGAGUUGGGAUGGAGGCAAGCCUGUUGAACCUGAGAAUGCAGACUGCGAGAGACGUGGAAAACGCGAAAGAUCUUCAAACUCCCGUUGAAGAUAUCGUCUUGGAUAAUGCAGAAAAGACACUUUCUGAAUCAAUUGCACAAUUCAAUGCCAGUCCGUCACCAGCCAACAGUCGGCUAACUACGCAGUUAGAGGGCUCUGCUGCUGAGACUUUCACUGCAACGCACUAUCAACGUCUGGUCCAAGCAUACGGCAAGCAAGGUGGCGCCGAAAAGGCACUCCAAAUCUUCACUCAUUACAUGCAACUCAGACGAACUGCGGGAUCAUCGGACGGCGAUGAAUUGAAAUCCUUGCCGAUACAGUUCAUCAAAGCCGCUAUGGAUGCCUAUUCCGAAACCAAGAACUAUGAGAAAGUGGAAGAGUGCUGGAACAGUAUUAUGGAAAGGGCAAGUGAGGAAGCCAGAAUCUGUGACCUUGACAAAAUCCUCUCUGCACGAUCGUCGGCGUUACCCCAGCCAGCGCCAACUGAGUCCCCUCUCCCAUCAAUUCUUUCAAUGUCCACCACACAGGCAGAAAAGCCCAAAAUCAUCCCUGCCCAACGCUUCAUCCUGGACUAUCCACUUUCGCUUUACCUGCAGUCUUUGGCUCGCCGAGGCAUGUCCGAAAGAAUACAUCAAGUUGUGGCUGAGGUUCAGGCAGCGGGCUUUGCAUUGACUGGUUUCAACUGGUCAACUUAUGUUACAGUACUUGCAACAUCUGAUAAUUAUUCCGACAAUGUGGAGGCAUUUCGACUGUUCGAAGAGAAGUUCAUUGCUCAUUUCCCUGGUUGGUCAUGGUUUCUCAAGGGAUAUGGCGUCAGACCAAUCAAUGCCCCCGUGACAAUCCUCCAUCUCGAAGGUCGCUCGGGUAUCACCAAACCUCGCAGGAUGAUGGGAAGAUUGGCCCGAAAGCAUUGGCGUAAAAUUGAGCCCGAUUAUAUGCACCCUCAUUACCCUACCAUGGUGCAACUAGCCAGCACACUGCAACGGCUCCGGCAAACAAGUAUUGCACAGGGAAAUGAGCAUCUGGCGAAUAUCUACAAAAUUGCACCACAGACUGUUGAUGUCCUUGCCACGAUGCCACGCUCGCGUGAUAAACAUCAGGCUGUAAUUCUUCGCGGCAAGGCGGAAAAAAGCGAUAUCCUCCCACGCCCGACCACUCUGUUCUCCUCGCGCUCUGGUGCUCUUGGCCCCAGCUACGACAUGCGUGAACGUAGCUUUGAUGACGCGACUAAGGAGCCUCUCGAAUUGAGAAAGGGCGAAUACUCCGAACCUUCCGUCAACGAGUCGAAUAUUACUGGCUUACUCCCCAGUGGCCAACAGAAAGUCUUGGGUCCUUUGGCGAGCAUCCUUCCUCGCGAGGACCAAAUUGACGUAGAAACCACAGUUCGCGAGUAUUUCAAGGGGACAAUUCACUGGAAGGAACGAGCCGAGAAGUACAAAGAGAUUAUUGCUAAGGCGUACAAAGACAACGACAUCCCGCGCGCCGACGCCUAUAAACGACGUUUGCGCAAGUUUCAACGUGUCGACAUCAAGAGGCCGACCCCCGAGCGGCAACUGUUCGACAAGCAUAAUCGCAAGUGGAAGCUGGAUACUCCAAACCACCUUCUCUUGAAGACUGAUACUGGGCUCGAUGUGAAACCCGGACGGCCACUAUCACAACGAGCCUCUGUGCGAAAAAGAUACAAGGGACCCUGGACACCCAGGGAAGGACCGGGCGAGGACCGUUGA